AAAGGGAUUAAACUUUACCCCGAAGACAUGUAGACACUAAGGUAUUUCUAGCCAGGUAUUAUGGAUUGAAUUAUGUCCCCCCAAAAUAUGUGUUCUAGAUCCUAACCUCUAUGCCUGUCAUUAUAAUCCCAUUUGGGAAUGGGCUGGUUAUGUUAAUGAGACAUGAUUAGUGUAGGGUGUAUCUUGAGUCAAUCUCUUUUGAGACAUAAAAGAUUAAACAAGCAAGCCAGAGAAGUAGAGACGGGGGGAGAGAGAUGCCAAGCCACAUGAAGAUCAACCAGGAGCAGAAGCUCAAAAAGGCAAGGAUUUCCUCCAGAGCUGACAGAGAGAGAAAGCCUUCCCCUAGAGCUGGCAUCCUGAAUUUGGACCUUGAGCCUCCUAAACUGUGAGAAAAUAAACUUCUGUUUAUUAAAGCCACCCAUUUGUGGUAUUUCUGUUAUAGCAGCACUAGAUGAUGAAGACCCCAGGGAAACACUGCAUUGGUUUUGGUCAUAAAUGUUACGCUAAAUCAACGGAAAAACUAUUAGAAUAAGAGUUCAGUACAGACACCAGAUGCAAAGUUUUCCUAUAUUCUCUUAGAAAAUGUCAUGAGAGAGAGAGAGAAAAAAAAAAUCAUUGACAUUCACAGCAAAACCAUAAAGUUAAGAGGAAAUGCAUGAAGAAAGCUGUAAACAUUGACUGCUGAACAGAAAAGAGAGCUUGUAUAAAUGAAGAGACACCAUGUUUCUAGAUGGGAGGAGGCCUCAGUUUUAUAAAGAUGCCAGUCAUCCCCAAAUAAACCUAUACAUUCAAUGCAAUUUCCAUAAAACUCAGUAGUUUAUUGCAACUUGAUGAAAUGAUUCUCCUUUGGGAGAGUAAGUGUGUAGAAUAGCUGCUAAACGUUGGCAGGGAGGGCGAAGGGGUGCUGUGAAGAUGGACUUGCCCUUCCUGAUAUAAAAAAAGGCACAGGAGUAGGUGAUGACAUCAGAACAAUCCUACCACGUAUUUAUGGGAUCUUGGUAUAUGAUAAAGCGUCAUUUCAAAUUAGGGGAGAAAGAAUGGGUCCAAUAAAUGAAGUCAAAACAAUGUGUGGUCAUUUGGAAAACAGUGACUCAUUGUAUUUAAAAAUAUGCUCCAGAUGGAUUAAAAAGCCAAGCCAAAAAAACAAAAAAAACAACCUUAUAGGGGUAUAAGAAGACUAUCUAGACAAUUAUCUUUUGCAAUUUUGGGGUAGGAAUACUCUUCUGAGGCUGUCAGAAACCAUGAAAGGACUGUUGGUGAAUUUGACUACUUAAACAUGAAAAGGUGGAAGACAAAAAAUGCCAUAAACAAAGCUUUUAACUGCCCCUUCUAAACAAAUGACAAAUUGAGUCGACAGUAUUCGUAGGCCAUAUGAGUGAUGUUAUUUUGAGGUCACUAUGAGUUUUUAUGAGUAGGAAUUGACUUAACAAUUAACAAUAACACAAAUGAUGAAGGUUAAUAACCACGGUAUGUGACAUGUGUUUAUAUAUGUUGUUAGGUGCCAUUGAGUCGAUUUUUGACUCCUAGUGACCCCAUGCAACAGCAUACAACAUCCCUAUAGUGUUUUCUUUCUAGGCUGUAAUCUAUACUGGAGCAGAUUGCCAGUUCUUUUCUCCCACAGAGCUUCUGGCUGGGUUUAAACCGCCAAUCUUUCAGUUAACAGCCGAGCACUUAACUGUUGUACCACCAGGAUGCCAUAUAUUUAUAUAUACGUAUGUAAUUAUGUAUAUACCUUAAUAUGACUUUUUAAUCAUCUUUCCUGCUACUGUAUAUUCUGAGCUCCUGGAAGGAAGAUACGGUUUCUGUCUUCAUCCUUGCACUCUCAGCCUUUUGCAAGGUGCUUGGUGCUUAUUAUUUGUUGAACAAAUGGAUGGAGGAACCACUGAGUGUGGAAAAGGUGGGUUAAAGUCAGGCAAGAAGGCUGGAGUCUGGUUGGGAGGCAACAGCCCUAGUUCUCUGUGAGCAGAAGAGAGGGAAUGCAGAUUUGAGAGAUGUGGAGAAGACAGAGGGGACAGGAUGAGGUGGCUAGUGGAAAACAGGAUGAGCAAUCAAGUCGCCUAGCUUUCUGGCCUGGGCACCUGGGUCACUGCUGCCAUUUACUGAGACAGGAGCACAGGAGGCAAUGCAGAUUCAAGUGAAGGCCAUGGGAGAUGGCCAGCUUGGUUUUGAACUGGACAUGCUGAGUUUGAGGGCCCAGGACAUCUAGGUGGAGAGAGCCAGCAUGAAGUUGGACUCACUUGAGAAAAGUCUGUCUUCUGCAGAGUGGUGGUGUUGUAAGAUACCACAUACCGAGUGGGCUCUGACUCAUAGCAACCUUAUAUAUAACAGAAUGAAAAUAUUGCCUGGUCCUGUGCCACCGUCACAGUCGUUGCUGUGUUUGAGUCCAUUGUUGCAGCCAGUGUGUCAGUCCAGCUCAUUGAGGGUCUUCCUCUUUUGGUGUACUGCAGAAAGCAGCCUUCACGAAUCGGUAGCACAUAUGCAGCUACAGUGAACACCACAGCAAAACUGAAGGACAGCCUGUGUUGUGGAAAGUCCCAGGGGGAGGCUGGGGAAGAAUGGAAGGGAAAUCUUUUGCGUGCGUGCGUGCGUGCGUUUGCUUGGGCCAGUUCCCCACCUACAGGGUGGGCUCCUGGGCAGGGUUGAUUCUAUCCUUUUGGGAACCCAAGGUGUCAGAACUGCCAUUUCUAAGCCUCUACAUUCUUCCUAAACCAUGGCCUAAUCUUUGGACCUUUGUUGACCAGGAGCCCGCCUCCCCCUUCCCCCAGCUCCUCGUGACUUGGUGAAGGCGGGCAGUUGGCUGGCCUCCAGAGACAGCUGCCUCCCAGAUCCAGGAACCGGCAGGCGGGGCCCCCGGCAGAGAGCAGCUCAGCCCCUUGUUUCCUGCGGAACCGCCCAUCCUGGGGCUGGAGGGGGCGGUGGUGGGAGUUGUGGAGAGUUGCUGCCCCACCAUGACUCAGCACUCUGCUGGUCUUGAGGGCUUGGGUUCUGAAAGUGCUUUGUCACGGUGAGGGGGUGGGUGACAGAGACCUGCAGGGCUGUAGCUUCUUUAUGGUGAGAGACAGGGUUUCCGUUUCCCAAUGGGACAAAGACUGGUGGAUGGAUGAGGAGAAAGGGAUCUAGGUUUCCUAGCCAGGCUCCAGAUGAUGUUUUUGGUGGAAGAGCAUUACCACUUUUCCUAUCUCUUUCUCCCUCAGGGCUUUCCCACCCCUUUGUGAGUUCUCAGCUGACAGUGGGUCUCUUCUUCCCUUCCAGGGAUGGUGGUUCCAGGGUUCCAGUGUAGGUUCCACAGCUGGGAAACACAGACAUGCCCUACGUUAAGGCUUGGAAAUCACUGGGUUUUACAGAGAAGGAGGCUGAGGCCCAGAGAAGGCCACGGAGAGUCACUGGGCAGAAACACAUGCUGAAAAAUGCAGGACAGGGUGGACGUGAUGGGACACGGGUGUGGUCAUUAAAAAACGACCAGUUUGCUGCCUGAAUGUGUAUAUGAAACAAUGUUAGGUGAAAAAGCAGAGCCUAAAAUAGUUUACGUAAGCUGAUGACAACAAAAGAAAAAUCAGGGGCCUGGAAGCGUAAAUAAGGAUUAGAGGAAAGCUGCUUUACGUUAACAGCUGGUGUUUAAAUUUAUAGGAUUCUCCUUAAAGUUAAGUUAAGUAUAUGGGGAAAAUUCAGAAAUUAGAAAAAAAAAUACUAAAUCAGAUUCGGGUAUCUUUCUGGACGAGGCAACCAAGAUUCAGAGAGCUUGUCCUUUUAAAUCAUUUCUCGAAAGCCACAAGGCAUUGUAGACUCCAAGCCUAGAGACUUUUAGGAGCUUAGGGUCAAGACGUAGAGACAGCCAGGACCUGAAACUUUAAAGGGUAAAUACAGAUGAACUGCCUGCUUCUUUAAGACAUGCCAGGCUGCACUGCCUCUUGGAAGCCACCCCAGAUUCCCUCAGGUUGCGCUCCACACCACUGCCAGAGACCUUACUUUACAGGUCUUGGCUGUUUGUUUGCUUAUCUGCUUUCCCACUGGACUUUGAGCUGCUUUGUACUCUCUGUCUUCAGGCUCUAGCAGAGCUGGGGACUUCCACGUCUAGCAGUUUGCAGCUCUAUAGUUCUCCUCUGGAAUCUUCAUGCCCACUGGAAUCUGGUCUCUCCUUUGAAACUCAGGCCCUUGAAGGUAAAGGAUCGUGAUUUUGAUGGUAACUGGGUGUAUCCUUGCAACAGAGCGUAGACUAAUGCCCUGCACACAUCAGACACUCAAAGCCCCUCUGGGUAUCUGUCCACAUUCUAGAAGCUUCCAAGAGACCACUUGGCCUUUCUGAACUUUAUACUUGUAUUUAUUUACAGUACCUAGAAGAGCCAGCCCUCCCCCAAUGCUACCAUUGGUGCCCCCCUUUGGGUACCCUCUUCACCACAGUUCAGGUUGCACCCUGUCAACUGGUACCAGUCACAUGGCAUGCCCACAUCACCCAGUCCAAGCUCAGCAAAGGUGGCAGGUGGGGAGCAAUAGCCAGCAGCCUGGUUGGGAAAGAGGAGAGAGAAGAGCAGCUUGUUCUUUAGCCAGGGACCUGGGCAGCAAGGACCCGGGGUGCCUCUUAACAGAAGUGGGGACCUGUGUCUGCCUCGCCUUUCAUGGUGCAUUCACUCACUCACUUCACCUACAGCUGAGGGUGGCUGUGCGAGCUCAUCCCAUUGUCUGCCUGGUGAAGUGUGAGGAGCAGAGGGAGAAAACUUGAGCUAGAGUUCAGGCUGCAGAGUCUGGGAAUCCCAGACUCCUUUGUGGCGCAAGACUCAGAAGCUCACUAAGAAUGUUAGAGAUUCGCAGGUGGAACAGAGGGGAGGCGGGCAGCCUCAAAGUCAGCAGAAUGAGGCAGCUGGAGUAAGUGACCGAGCAAAUUUCCUGCCACUGAUGAAGGUCCGUUAGGGUCGCUGUGAGUUGAAAUUGACUCGGUGGCAAUGGGUUUUUGUUUUAAGUGCAAUGCAGGCCAGCGAGUUGUCUGGCUGGCCCAACAAGAUAUGGCCUAGUGGUCAGCGGGGAGAGUCCUGAGUGUCUGAAUCAGAAAGGCCUCACCUGUGGCUGCUACCAGGGUCCCAGGCUCCUUAUUUCCUGCCGGUGCUACCACCUGCGGCCUCUCCCUUCUCUGACCUACCUCCCUUCCUGCCUUGCCUCAGCUUUAUGAAACCCAAAGGUGAGUGCUUCACUUCACUGCUUAGAACCAUUUAAGGCCUGGGAUAAAGUUAUAACUUUGCAGGGUGGCCAAGGCUCUUUCCGUUUGCUGACCACUCAUGUCUCUGGGCCUCCUCUUUAGCCAUUCCCGAUAGCCCAACCACACAGCUCACUGGCCCCCUCACACCUUGGGACUGAGCACAGCUGCUCCUUCUGCCUGGACUGACUACCCUUGACUUUUCUGCCUGAAAAGCUAAAUGAACAAAACGCCCAAAACCAUUGCAAUCAAGUGGAUGCCAACUUAUGGUGACCCCGUAUGUUACAGUGUAGAACUGCUCCCUGGGGUUUUCUUGGCUGUAAUCUUUAUGAAAGCAGAUUCCAGGCCUUUAUUCCGUGGUGCUGCUGGGUAGAUUUGAAUCGUCAGCAUUUUGGUUAGUAUUGUUGUUGUUAGUUGCCGUCGAGUUGAUUCUAACUCAUGGCGACUCGUGUGCAGAGUAGAACUGCAACUGGUCCAUAGGGUUUUCAAGGCUGUGACCUUUUGGAAGCAGAUUGUUAGGGCUGUUUUCUGAGGUGCCUCUGGUGGGGUCGAACCACCAACCUUUGCACCAGUAGUUCAAUGCUUAACCACUCCACCCAGGAACUUUCUGAAAAACUACCCACCCUUCAACGCCCAGCUCAAAUGUCCUCCGGAAGCCUUCCCUCACUUCGCCCAGGGCUGGGAAUUUCCAUUCUUUGUACCCUCCAGUGCUCUGAACAUUUCUCCACUCCAGUACCCUGUGUGUAAUUACCUGUGAUGUGCCUUCCACCCCCAAUGGGAGGGGCACUGCAGCCGUCUUCAUCUUGGCAAUGUGUUCCCUUCUGCACCUCAGUGCCCAGCAAAGCACCAGGCUCUCAGAAGACCAAGAAAUCUGUGUUAGGUUUAAUCUGGGCCUACUUCCUAGCCCAGCUCUUACUCACCUUUCCCGUUAUUGAGAGUAAGCUUCCCCGACCCCUUGCCUCAUAGGUUUGGCUUUUCCAUUUUUACUCAAGACUAGCUCUUUGUAUUUCCCACAUGGAGGGUUGCAGACGUUAAGUGAGUCUUUUUGCAGUUUGAGGAUUAUUCCCUGGCAGAAGCCUGAGAAUGUGGCAAGGUCAAGGGGUUUGUGUUGGGUUGGGCCUCGGGGAUAGUGACACCAUGGUCAAGGGCUCCAUUGCGCCAAGGACCAGUUCCCUUUGCUUCCUCUUGUGCCCACAACUGGGAGAUUCCCGGGCUGUCACAAGGGUUCUGGGGAGGAAGUGUAGAAGAAUUCAGCAAGACCAUCCGUCCGUCCGUUACUAGAAAACAACUCAGUGCACUUCCUUGUAAUGGGAUUAGUGCAUUCUUGGAGUCAUUGUCAUUCUGUAAACAUAAUGUGCCAGGCACAAUGCCAGAGAACUUACACAACCAUGCUGACAUGUUUUUGUGGCUGAAACUGACAACACCUCCAACAAGUAGACAGUGCUGCCAUGGGGACGACAGCCCCAGGGCCCGUUCACCUGCUGGAGCUGUGUGAGCAGAAGCUCCUGGAGUUUGUCUGUAACGUGGACAAUAAGGACAUGGUGUGGCUGGAGGAGAUCGAGGAGGAAGCAGAGCGCAUGUUCACCAGAGAAUUCAGCAAAGAGCCCGAGCUGAUGCCCAAAACGCCUUCUCAGAAGAACCGACGAAAGAAGAGACGGGUUUCUUCUUUCCAAGAUGAAAAUAGAGACCCAGUUCGGAAAAGGUUAUCCCGCAGGAAGACUCGGAGCAGCCAGCUGAGCUCCCGGUGCCUCCGCAGCAAGGACAAAGUGGAGAAGCUGGCCACGGUGGUGGGGGAGAACGGCUCCAUCUUGCGGCGGCUGACCCGUGCUGCCGCUGCGGCAGCUGCAGCAGCUACUGCGGCCUCGGCUGCUUCCUCGCCCACCCCUGAGUCCCCCACGACACUGACCAAGAAGCCCAAGAAUAGCCCAGCCCAGUGCCAGCUGGUGCCCUUGGUGGAGAUAGGUGUUGGCGAGCGCCAGAGUGCCGAGCAGUACCUCACCCAGAUCAGGUCUGGCCAGGCUCCGUCGCAGGCUCCAGCCUCUCAGGGAAUCCUAACAUCAGACGAGGAGUUGAUACCCAAGAAGCCAGAGGCCGGGAGACUGGAGUCUGUCACUGUGAGCUCCCUGAUGGCCACCCCCCAGGGCCCCAAGGGCCAGGGGGUCGGGGCAGGGCGGUCGGCGUCCAAGCUCAGGAUUGCACAGGCCUCUUCUGUCCCACACGACGUGCCUAGCUCUCCAGACUCUCCAUGGCAGGAGCGGGUGCUGGCUCCUAUCCUGUCAGAUAACUUCUCAACACCGACAGGCUCCCAAGCGAACCCACGGCACAGCCUGAUUGCCCCGGGCCCCCAGGCCUCACUGGCCAAUAAGUACUCCGUGGUGGCUAAGCAGGAGAACACCGUCCGAAGGUCUAACAGAAAAAUUGCCAACAAAGCCACCAAAGAGCCAGCCGUCUCUACCCGUAUCAUCUGUCACAGUUACCUGGAGAGGCUCCUGAAUGUCGAGGUGCCCCAGAAAGUCAUCUCCGAGCAGAAGGAGCCCAGUUUGGAGGCAGAGCCUGUGGAGGCCACGGAGCCGGAGGCCCCCAAGAAUGGAGGGAGGACCUCAUCGCCCCAUAAUGCCACCGAGAUCGCCAUUAGUACACCCGGCGGCCAGGAGUCACCCUCUGAAGGACAGCAUGAGGCCAAGACUGAGCAGACAGAUGGGCCCAUGGAGCCGCCUCAGAGUGCCAGGAGGAAACGCAGCUACAAGCAGGCGGUGAGUGAGCUGGACGAGGAGCAGCACCUGGAGGAUGAGGAGCUGCAGCCCCCCAGGAGCAAGACCCCUUCCCCACCCUGUCCGGCCAGCAAGGUGGUGCGGCCUCUGCGGACCUUCCUGCACACUGUGCAGAAGAACCAGAUGCUCAUGACCCCCACCUCCGUGUCCCGCAGCAACGUCAUGAAGUCCUUCAUCAAGCGUAACACGCCCCUACGCGUGGACCCCAAGUGCAGCUUUGUCGAGAAGGAGCGGCAGCGCCUGGAGAACCUGCGGCGCAAGGAGGAGGCAGAGCAGCUCCGCAGGCAGAAGGUGGAGGAGGACAAGCGGCGGCGGCUGGAGGAGGUGAAGCUGAAGCGUGAGGAGCGUCUCCGCAAGGUGCUGCAGGCCCGGGAGCGGGUGGAGCAGAUGAAGGAGGAGAAGAAGAAGCAGAUCGAGCAAAAGUUUGCUCAGAUCGAUGAGAAGACAGAGAAGGCCAAGGAGGAGCGGCUGGCAGAGGAGAAGGCCAAGAAAAAGGCAGCGGCCAAGAAGAUGGAGGAGGUGGAGGCACGCAGGAAGCAGGAGGAGGAGGCGCGGAGGCUUAAGUGGCUGCAGCAGGUGCGAGCGCAGGAGGAAGAAGAGCGGCGCCACCAAGAGCUGCUGCAGAAGAAGAAGGAGGAGGAGCAAGAGCGGCAGCGGAAGGCCGCCGAGGCCAAGAGGCUGGCCGAGCAGCGGGAGCAGGAGCGGCAGCUGGCGGAGCAGCGGGAGCAGGAGCGGCAGCUGGCGGAGCAGGAGAAGCGGAAGGAGCUGGAGCGCAAGAGGGAGCGGGAGCGGCUCCAGGCCGAGAGGGAGGCUCAGGAGAGGGAGAAGGCCCUGCGGCUGCAGAAGGAACGAAUGCAGAGGGAGCUGGAGGAGAAGAAGAACAAGGAAGAGCAGCAGCGCCUGGCUGAGCAGCGGCUGCAGGAGGAGCAGGAGAAGAAAGCUAAGGAGGCAGCAGCGAAUAGCAAAGGCCCGAACGUGACCAUGGAUGUGCAGUCUCCAGUUUGUACCUCUUAUCAAAUGACUCCACAAGGGCGCAGGGGGCCCCCCAAGAUCAACCCGGAUAACUAUGGGAUGGAUCUGAACAGCGAUGACUCCACUGAUGAUGAGGCCCACCCUCGGAAACCCAUCCCUGCCUGGGCCAGCGGCACCCAGCUCAGCCAGGCCAUCAUCCACCAGUACUACCACCCCCCAAACCUUCUUGAGCUCUUUGGGACCAUUCUCCCACUGGACUUGGAGGACAUCUUUAAGAAGAGCAAGCCUCGCUACCAUAAACGCACCAGCUCUGCCGUCUGGAACUCGCCACCCCUGCAGGGCACCAGGGUCCCAGGCAGCCUGACCUACAACCUGAAGAAGUACUGAGGCCGCCUAUGGGCCUUCUGGGGCAGUCUCAGCCCCUGCCUGUGUCUGUCUGUCUGACUCUGUAUUGGUCUGGUGCCCUCCCACCUGUGUUCCAUCCCUGAGGGUUUAGUCAGGUAGAUAGAAAUGUCCUCUGUGUGCCAGGUGUUUCUACUGCAGGUGGAAGGUGACCUCAAGCCUCUUUGGAGGCUGGGCUUGGUGGGUGGCUGGGAAGAACCAGCCCCAACCCUGCCUGGCCUGCAGGCAGCACUCUGUAAAUAGGUUGUUAUAAUUCAGCUGACUUUUAGCCUCUAGUAUUUGAAAGCUAGAUUAAUAAAGUAUAUUCUUUCAA